UUAUUUCUUACCCAUGCAAUCCUUUCUCUCUCUCUCUCUCUCUCUCUCUCUGAGUUUAGGUGUUCCUGUUCUGGCUAGCUUUUGUGAGAGAAAAUGGACAAACGUCGUUCACAUAAACAAGAAGCCAAGAACACUGCCAAUUCCGGCUCAGAAGAAGAAGUGAGCAGUAUCAAAUGGGAGUACGUAAAGAUGAGUGAAGACGAGGUGGAUCUGAUCUACAGAAUGUACAGACUUGUCGGAGACAGCAGGUGGCAUUUGAUUGCGGGUCGGAUUCCAGGACGAAAAGCAGAAGAAAUAGAGAGGUUCUGGAUAAUGGCACAUAGCGAAACAUUCUCUCGGAAAAGAAACGAGCCUGCAUAUCCAACAAAAGACUAAAUCAUAGCCUCCCGUUUAUUUUUUUUCCCUCCAAAAGUAUGACCAUUUUGUGAUUUUCCUCAUCUGUGUUUCUGAAUAAAUAUAUAACCGGAAUAAGGAGAUUCGAAUUUUGAACCUAUCCUAAUA